AUGAUGGCGGAGAACUCGGUGUUUCUGGCCACCAAGCCUCGAGGCAGGGACACACGGCUGAAGCUGGACACCCUGAAGCGGUCUGAGAGCAGGCUGACUGGGCGCCGGCGCGCCGUGCAGGCUGAUGUGAUGCUUCAGACCAGGCGCUGCAUCAACCUGGCCUUCCGGUAUAUGCAAAUGAGAUACCACGACCGCAUCGACUACUUGAAGAAGCUCUUCGAUUCGAAGCUAUCCAAGGGUGGCAGCGUGCACCGUCCGGAGCAGUAUGGCAUCUCCAACGAGGAGCUCAAGGGGCUUGCCAUCAAGAUGGGCCUUCCGGAGCAAGAGGUGAACAACUUGGACGUGCAGUUCCGGCACUACGACUUCGACGGCAGUGGCACUCUGGACUUAGAGGAGGUGCGGAACAUCUUGGCGGACAUGGGCCUCACACCGCAGAACCGCGAGGAGAAGUUGGAGGUGGUGGAAUGCAUCAAUGAAAAGAUUCAAAAGAUAGGCUGUGAGGAGUUUGGCUUCGAAGGCUUCCUGGACCUCUCCAAGUCGGUGCGCGAGCGGCUGAAGCAGGUGCAAAGCAUCAAGUGCUGGAGGCUCUUCCAUGAGGCAGACAUCCAUGGCCGGGACAGCCUGGAUACCAAGGAAAUUAUGAACCUGCUGGAAAACAAGUUGGGCUUCUACCUCCGUUCCCCGGAGGAGACCUCUGAGGCCACAAACAUCUUCACGCAGUGCGAUGCAGAUGGGGACGGCUCAAUGAACCUGGAUGAGUUCCAGACAUUUGUCCAGAAGGUCCGCGCCAAGCUGCUGACGCUGCGCCGCAGAGAGGAGGUCCUCAUCGCCAAGAAGUUUGACCUCGAGCCCGAGCUCAUGCACGAGUUUCGGGCGAGCCUGCCGUUCCUCUGGAAGGUCUUCGAGCGAUACUCCUUCAACAAGCCUGAACAAGGCGUUCGGAGGGAGGACCUGCUGCCGUUCAUGGUGGACGCCGGGGUGGCGCCGCCCAACACGGAGGAUCCACAGCCACCUGGCCGAGAGCGGAUGGUGAGCGGAUGA